AUGGCGAGCAAAACGGCUGAUCCCCCAACUUGCAUAUACGAUCGAUCUGGAGCUAUCGGGAACGCCAGUCCUUCACCAUUUCGAAGCUUUCUCAUCCUGCUCCGGGGCAAAACAGAACAGCGAAUAUCCCUGCUGGACAACCCAGGCGGGCGUAAGAAGAUGCAACAUCAGCAAUACUUCAGGUUAGAAACCAUCACACGUCACAAUCGUGCCACAAGAUGUCCUCUCAUUCGAAGGCACGAGCUUUUUCCCGCUCCCCCCUUUCUUCUCCAGAUUGAUACUUGUGUUCUGGAUCACCAUGAAGCGGCCUUUGCUCUGGACAAUGUUCAUACCCCGAUUAGCACUGUUCUUCAACAGACCCUCUCAGGGGUAUCCCAACACCACAUAGAGAGAUGGUCAAAACGAGCUUUGAGACCUGCAUGA